ACGACCAUGUCAAAGAUUGAAAUCAAUAAGUUAGAUUAUAAGACCGGGUCACAUUUGACUUGUUUCAACCUAGUCUAUAGCACAUAAAACAACUGUGCUUGUUUAUGUUUUACUUUCUUUAUGUCUAAGUAGGACAAGAUCAGAGCAAUACUUUUGGACCAGACUUUUUGCUAAAGGUCUAUCCACAUGAGACUAGCCAAACCUUGACUCCUUGUUUGCAUUGCUAAUAAAACUCCCAUUGCAUUUGAUCUCCUCUCAGAUCAGCUGAUUUGAAUAACAUCUGACUCAUUAUGUGUGAGACAAUGGAACAUUGGAAGUUUAAGAGGGAGGUUGCUUCUGGCAUCCUGAGAGAUCAUUAAAACGGCACUAAACCCAAUCUGACAAGGUUUGCUUUUUCUCAAAACAAGUCUGCAGGUAUUCAUCUCCAGAUGCUGAUCUGUGACCCACUUGGCAACGUUUCAAAUAAUCUUUGCAUUAAACAGUGUCUGUAUUUGUAGCAAGUCACAGGUGGCCGGGCUCUCAGGCCCCAGGACCAGAAGAGUUAAUUGAAUACAAGGCGCCUGUCUGCCUGAACGCCCACCCGCCAGUUCUCCUGCCUACGUGAUUGCCUGCCUGCUUGAGUGGAACUGUGUAUUUCCAGUGAGUGAGAGACAGAAUAAUGCCGUGCCUUGUGUGCCCCGGCGAGCUAUCACUGCUCUGCCGUUGCCAUGGUGACAGUGCCCUCGCUGGGUACAGCGGGCUGGAGAAGUUGCUCUGGCUCUGCGUCAUAUUUAUUCCAGCGGAUCCGUGCGCUCUCUCCCGCCUCUUCCUCUAAAUUCUCUCUCUCUCUUUCUUUCUUUCUAUCUCUCUGUCCAUGCUUUUUAGGGCUAAUUGACCCAGCUCCAGAACAUCAAUACACAGAGCUUCGACUGCCACAAACAGCGCAGACCCUGAAGAGGUAAAACGUGUACGGUUACAGCAAGAACGCCAUUGUGACUCCAAGGGAAGAAGAAGCCCAUGCUCACAGUGCGUGGACUGAACAACACCGUUUCAUUAAGAGCAGUGCCAAACAUGUGAGAAGAUGUCUGUUGGAGGUUGUGCUUGCCCAGGCUGUUCGUCCAAGUCGUUCAAGCUGUACUCCCCAAAGGAGCCUCCCAACGGCAGUGCCUUCCCUCCAUUUCACCCAGGCGCAAUGCUGGAUAGAGAUGUGGGUCCAACACCAAUGUAUCCCCCAUCUUACAUGGAACCUGGAAUAGGAAGGCACACACCGUAUGGGAAUCAAACAGACUACAGAAUAUUUGAGCUUAACAAAAGGCUACAGAAUUGGACAGAGGACUGUGACAAUCUGUGGUGGGAUGCGUUCACAACAGAGUUUUUUGAAGAUGACGCAAUGUUGACUAUCACAUUCUGUCUGGAAGAUGGACCCAAACGAUAUACUAUCGGUAGGACGUUGAUUCCACGAUACUUCCGAAGUAUUUUCGAGGGUGGUGCCACAGAGCUCUUCUAUGUGCUGAAACAUCCCAAGGAAUCUUUCCACAAUAACUUUGUGUCCUUGGACUGCGAUCAGUGCACCAUGGUUACACAGAAUGGCAAACCCAUGUUCACACAGGUGUGUGUGGAGGGCAGGUUGUACCUGGAGUUCAUGUUUGAUGACAUGAUGCGUAUAAAGACGUGGCACUUCAGUAUCAGACAGCACAGAGAGGUUGUGCCGAGGAGCAUCCUAGCAAUGCAUUCCCAAGACCCUCAAAUGCUCGACCAGCUAUCAAAAAACAUCACAAGAUGUGGAUUAUCUAACUCUACCCUGAACUACCUCCGACUUUGUGUAAUCCUGGAGCCCAUGCAGGAGCUGAUGUCAAGACACAAGACGUACAGUCUCAGCCCACGAGACUGCCUCAAAACCUGUCUGUUUCAGAAGUGGCAGAGGAUGGUGGCCCCACCAGCUGAGCCUGCGAGACAAGCCCCCAGCAAACGAAGGAAACGAAAAAUGUCCGGUGGCAGCACCAUGAGUUCGGGAGGGGGCAACAAUAACAACAGCAACAGUAAAAAGAAAAGUCCAGGCGGCGGCGGCUUUGCGCUUUCCACCCAGGUACCUGAUGUGAUGGUGGUGGGAGAGCCCACUCUGAUGGGAGGGGAGUUCGGGGACGAGGAUGAGCGACUGAUCACGCGGCUGGAGAACACACAGUUUGAUGCGGCCAAUGGCAUCGACGACGAGGACAGUUUCAACAGUUCCCCUGCCCUGGGCACCAACAGCCCCUGGAACAGCAAAGCCCCUUCCAGCCAGGAGAGCAAAAAUGACAACCCCAACUCACAGUCAUCCCAGUAGAAGAAUUAGGGGGCUAGACUCGUAGCUGGUAGACACGCACCUUUGUUAAAAGCGCCAAUCGCAUGACAGUUCCUAAAGGUCUUCGGCCUCGAUUAGUCCUUAAUUGGCUCUGUUGACUUUUUUUGUAUCAUAUUUGAAGAGUAAAAUUACUCCUCGCCUUUCAAAACGCCGUUUUGUUCUUUUUAUUUUUUUGAUUCUUUGAGAGUCGUUUUCCAGUAUCGCCUUUCGCAUUUGACCUCUCAGAGCCUCGACUCGAUUAGGCUUGGCGAAGGCAGCCGUAUCUGUGGGUUAUUGUUCCAACCUCGGGUCUCUCUGUGCGUGCUGUGCUGUGACACGCAUGGCCGUUUCUGUUGUGCUCACCUCACAGGAAAGGAUCUUUUUUUAUCUAACCAUUUGGUAAUAUGACCAUUGUGUGCACCUCAGACUCAAACCCAACACUCCAUUUUUAAAAACUAAAUUAUUUGUUUUAUAGGACCUGGUUGGAACAAAAACCUGUACAGUACCGGAGCUUGAGGACCGGAGUUGAGAACCACUACGUAAAGUCCUUAAAGUAAAAAUAAAUAAAAAGUGUAAAGCAUUGAGGUUUUUGAGUUUGGUCGUGCCCAAAAUGGUCAGGGAGAACAUGCCUGACCAUAAAGCCAGACUCAAAGGAAGUGUUUAAUUUUUUGCAUUUUGUUUUUGUUUUUUAUUUUUAUAACUAUUUCUAAGGAGAAAAUAAGCAAGCAAACAAAACUCUAAAUAUCCUUUGCACUCUUGUCACUGUAUUUUGGAUCUAUUUUUCUUAAAAAAAAGAUGAAUUUUGUUCUUAUUGAAAAUUGAUAAUCUUUAACUGGAAAAAAAUGCUGUCAAUCUCAAUGUAAAAUAACACAUUUUGUAUUGUUAUCAAUAUUUUAAGGAAAUGCUACUUGCUCUAAGCUUUACACCUUAACUGUCUUUCUGUUAAAAUUGUCUUUGAUAAAGAAUAUUACAUGAUCAUAGCAUGUAUGUCUGGGUACUGCAUGUGCAGACAUUAGCUAGUUCAGCUUUAACAGUCCCAUUGUUUGCUGGAUUUAAAUCCCUCGCUGUUAUUCAAGACUGUGAUCACAUUUUGUUCAGAGACAAAUUGCAAGUGGACAGAUCGUAGAUACUUUUUUUUGUUACAAGAAAGAACGGAUCAAAAUUACUCAUGCUUUUGUCGUUCACACUGAUAAGUUUGCUAAGAAAACAUUUCUAAGAUGGUAUAAAUAUACAAAUUUUUCUUCCCUAAUGCUACAGACCAAGGAGCAAGAUCCUUUAAUCAACACAUUUCUAUAAAGACUCUUUUUUUUUUUCAUUAUUUUGUUUGUGUAUUUGUGAUUGUAUAUUUAAGACUGUAGCCUGUAUAAGUUCUGUAUAAGUGUAAUUCUAUUUACUCUUCUUGUUCAUCUUCACAAUCUGUUUUAUGUCAAAAGCUGAACUUCUCAUUUCAGAACAUGUUUUUAGAUGCAUUAAAGGUACUACCUGUCACCUAAGAACUACCUUUCAUUCAAAAGGGUAGAUUCUAGUUGUUAAGUCAAUGUCAUUGUAUUUAUUAUAAUUUUUUUAAGUCUUUGCCAUUGCAUUAUAUAUCAAGACAAUACAUGUUGCUGUGUAUUUGAUUUUGCCUUUGUAUGUUGUUUCACUUUUAAUGUUGUUUUAUCAGAUGACAUAAAUAUAAUGGACUCCAUAAAAGAAUACUUAUUUAAACUAGUGUUACAACAGUCUAGACCAGUGGUUCUCAAACGUUUUGGGCAUGCAACCCACCCUCGUGUCUGGUGCACCCAUUCGUGCUAAAAGAAUAAUGUGAGACAUAAAACGUUCUUAAACUUAACAUUUUGAUUAAACAAACAUUUAGUUACACAAAAUGUAGAGAUGUUGGUUAGUAGCCUUUCUUUUCUGAGGUUUAAUUACAUAGAAUUUAUGAUAAAUUAAUAUAUUUUUAUAAAACUGUGCCCCAGUUUGAGAACCACUAGCCUAGACCAUCAAUUCUUAAAAGCCUGCAGUGUAUUAGGUUUUAAAACACCAGAGGGCACUCCUGUGAGAUCUUCAUCUUAUAAAUAAGCAUCAAACUAGCCAAAUCCAGCAUUUCCUCCUGUAUCUACUGCAACAUCAUACAGACGAAACAUUUCAUUUUCUACAUUCAUCAUCAGUCACUUGUAAACUACAGUGUUGUGUAGGCUUCAUUAACCAAAUCGGCCAAAACCCCCAGGUGUGCUUUUUCCUGUCCCUGUAGAGCCACUUUGUUAGUGGUUGUUUUAGAAGGAUAUUUUUGCCUAGUGUCUGCCAUUGACAGUUGAUGUAUGGAAACAAUAAAACAAAUUUUUACAGCUA